AUGCGUUCCAACACCAAACUCAUUGUUAGCUUGAUCAAUCGCGUCGCGGUUCGACUUCCCAUCAACAGUGGACGCAAGAUUGAAAGUCUCGAGCAAGACCCCAUUGUUCAACAAACGGUGGCCGCUAUCAUUGAACUUUCUCGCUAUAAACUCUCAACUAUCGCAAAUUCGCUCGGCACUGUGCUUGAGAAUGUAUCCAAGAGUUAUCAAACACCUACAUCUCCACUUGAACAACACAUUCCCCUUGAUGUGCUUCAAUCUCAAUUAUUCGUGCUUCGACUUUUAUCAGCAUGCAUGCAACAUCAUUGGAAAACAUAUCGAGAACGCAGCAUUCGUAAUAGUAAUGGAGGCGAUACCAGCAGCGGUAGUAUGACGAGUCAAAGCAUGCGACGUCGACCCACCGAUGCAAGCAAUACAGCUGAAGCCAUGGCUGCUGCCAGUGCCACAGGUGCCAUGUCAUCCAUAGCUGAAGGUCGUGAAUUCCUUGAGGCACCUGUAUCUUCAGGUUAUGGGCGAUCCAAGAGUCCCAACAACAACAACAACAACAAUGACAAUCGUCGAUCCGUAUCCUCUAUUACAGCACUCGAUAAUCAUGAUCCAGACGAUAGCCAAGAUGAGGAUGAGGAGGAUGAGGAGGAUGACUCGACCCAUGAUCAACGACAUAACAACAACAGCCGAAUGAUUGAUCCACCACCUUUGGAUGAAGCACUUGUCACCUAUCUACUUGCAUUGAUUGGACGAUUUCUAUAUCAGAGCCAUUUGAUUGAAGAAGCCAACGAUCAAUAUACAUCCACACCUUCGGAAUACCCAAUUGAUACGUUAUCGCCCGCUAUCAGUGGUCACAUGGAUCAAAAGACAUUGUCAAUCACUCUCGACAUUUACAAGACGGCAGGCCGUGUCCUUUAUUAUGUCAGUGCAAGCAAUUGGUCAACGUAUUAUGCAAAGAUUAAGAAUGCUGUACAUAUCCUUGGUGCCAUGGGCGAAGGCUCUGAACUUAAUCCACCCGAGAUUCGCAUGCUGGAAUUCAGUUGCUUGAAUAGACAACGUGUACAAAUUGUACUCUCAGAAUUGAGCUCAUAUUUCUUGCAAAUGAAGCGCCAGGGCAAAUUGUUGUUUUCAAAGAUGAUGCGAAAGGCUAUUUGGCGGUGGAUUGAAACGUACCCUGAAGAAUUUGAUGAGCUAUGUGCGAGCAAUAAUCGACUUGUGGCUGGAUCCGAGAUCUUGUUUGAUAUGUGCAAUUCGGCUGCUGACAAUCCACGCAAAAAAGCGAUCCUAUGGCCUGUACAAACGAUUCUCCUUGUAUUGUCUCAAGAUCUCCUGUUACAAGCCUUCCUCGAUAAUCCAUCUCUCCAAAAUCGAAGGACGAGUUUCUUGAGUAUGCUACGCAAGUCAUUGAAAACCACAAAGACAGCCGAUAUUGCAGCCAUUUGUUAUGUCGAUCUAUGCAAGGCAGCAACUUAUGUACCACCUACCGAGGAUAGUGUGCUACGGCAUAUUGCAGCGGAUAUUGAGGAUGAUUUACGAGAAAAAGUAUGGGAUUUCAGUCGCAACAUUGCAGCUGAUAUUGCCACGGCAGCGAGUUUGGGGUACAUUAUCAAUCACCAAGUGUUGGUCACGGACUAUAUUCUUGCACGCAUUCGGUUGGAUCCCGACAAUACGUUACAGCAUUUGAUUCCACAAUGUCUUGAAGAAAGCGUCCCACUCAUUUUCAAAUUGGCAUUCGUAAAGGCAUGUUUGGAAAUCGCACGUGAUGAGAAUCGGUUGCCAUGGAACCCUUGCUUGCGUUCCUUGUACAAGUACAUUUGCUCACCACUACGCAAGCUGUUCCUUCAAACCAUGAAUGCGGAGUUGAAUGCAUCAGGAAAGGAUACGAGUAGCAUCUUGAACAUUGCCCAGCAACCAGUGACACCCAUCCCAUCCUCAACAACAGCAGCCGUGGCGGCUGGUGCAGCUGCUGCACAAUCACCACCGCCAGGACCAAGACGUGUUGGUACUUCACCUGAAGGACGUGCUAUCAUUUUCCGAUCUGGCGCUCAGCAUCGCAUCGAGUUGUUGCAAGAUCUUUUACGACUGUUUCGUGUGGAUCCAUUGCUUGUGCUGUUGCGUAGAAACGACAAUGACCCAACCAUUGAUGAAACAGCAGCCGUCAUGACUGCCAUGGCAACCUUGUUUCAACAUCAUCCCGACCAAGGUAUCCGUCAAUCCAUCCAUGAAUGUCUUGCAAAGUUGCAUGUACCAGAAAACAUCACUCAAUGGGGCCCUGAUCGCUAUGUGAUGGUCAACUUUUGGAGAGUCUCAAGCAAGGUCGUGUUUAUCCUUGCCAAGCAAAUCUUGGACAAUAAGCAGGGUGAAGAAGGUCUCAAGUCAUUGCUUAACCUGCUCAUGAAAUUGUUUGUGGCACGAAAUACAUUUUUGGAAGGACAACAGCAUCGUGUCACUGAAGGAGCUGAUACGCGUGAAAGAUUACAAGCAUCCGUAGCCUUGGAAAUUGCAUUGCUCGUGUCAUUAUGCUGGCCGGUACCCGAUGUGUGCUCUGAUGCCAUCAAAUGUCUUGGUUAUCUAUGUGAGGAAGCCCAUUUAGUGGGUGAUGAUGAAGAGCCACCACAACAAAAUCAAAUUACGCUCCUUUGUAAUCUUCCAGUGUAUUCGGGAUUGGCUUCAGAGGAUUCAGUGUUUUUGGGACGCAAGGUGCAACAAAAGCGUAUUCGCAAAUACAUGCGUCUCAUUACUCAGCAUACACCUGGUACUCUUGCUGCUUGGGAAGAGACAUGGAAACGAUGGAAAAUGCUUACCCAAUUGUUGGCUGCCAGCAAUGCUGCACGCGUUGCCGCUGCACAAGCAUCCCAUCAUCACCAUCAUCACCAUCACGACGAUGACGACAAUGAUCACCAUUCGGGACAAGAUGUGUCUCCAGGCAUGACGCCCAAAAAAGUCGUCAAAUCAACAAAAGCAACAACAAGUGGUACAUCUUCCUCAUCAUCCUCAACAUCGCCACAGCCCACAGCUGUCAAAACCGCUGGUUCUUCAGCACCUGUUCCAGGCACUACCAAUGCAUCUAAUCAUGGCGUUCGUAUUGAAAUGGAUGAUGAGAAGCAAACGCUAUGGCAAAAUUAUACGGGAUUCCUUGCAGCAUUGGGAGGCUGUUGCCUCAUGACACCUACUGUGCCUAGCAAGGGUAGUAGUAGCAACAGUGAUCGACGACGUCAAUCGGCAUCCUCGUCUGCAUCUUCAGAACCUGCCAUGUUGGUGGAUGGAUUCAUUGCCGAAAUGACCAACUUGCUGGUAUCCGAUAAUGUGUUUAUUCGUGAAGGUGUCAAGGAAAUUCUUGGAUCAGACUUGUCGCCUACAUUGUAUGCUAUCCUCUUUCGACAUUUGGAAAAGACCAUGGCGCGCUGCUUUAAUCAUGAGCGUGAAGCAAUCCCAUCGGCACGCAAUACUUUGUUCGUGGAACAAGCCGUCCUUGUACUCAAGCUUAUUCUCGAUCGUCUCGUGGAUCCAAACGAUUGUCUUUUGAGUAUCGAGUUUAGCACCUUGGUGCGUCAAUUUGCCCACUAUCUCAACAAGUUGCCGGCAAGCAGUUUCCACGUGUUGCGUAUCAAGAUCAAAAUGUGCCAUCUUGUCGAGACCAUCAUGACCAAAAAGGAAAAGAUUAUCAUCCGUGAGGAAAUGAGGCUGCGUAACAAGUUGUUGGAGCUCAUGGUUGAAUGGACAAGCGAUUUUGCAUUGCAAAAGGCUGAUUCCAAGAGCAGCCAUCUUAUGCAAGAUGUAGCCCAAAGCGAGAAGUUGCAUCGAGAUUUGGAUCAAGCAUGUCUCAAAGCCAUUGUUGCGUUAUUACAACAUUUGCCACUGCAGCCUUCGGAGCCAUUGCGUGAUGCUGAUAGUAAUCAAGUCAAGAGCAAGCUCUUUUACAAGUACUUUACAUUCUUCUUGAAGCUCCUUAAUCGAUGUCGUUUGAAUGAGAUUGAGCUCAACAAUGCUACGGUGAUCAAGAAUAACAAAGAGGUGCUCACGGCUAGCAAACCACCCGAGAAUUAUCAAGACCUAUCGCCACUCAAGGAUUCCACCAUUCUUGCCAUGUCCAAUUUAUUGAGUGCCAACGUGGACGCUGGUCUAAAGUACUCGUUGGCAAUGGGCUAUCACGAGGAUACACGUACACGUGCAGCAUUCAUGCAAGUCUUGACCAACAUCCUAAACCAAGGCACAGAAUUUGAGACGUUAGCUGAAAACGUUAUGGCAGAUCGCUUUGAAAAGUUGGUGGAUAUGGUGGUAGAAGCUGAUAUGGAUGUGGUGAUGGCAUUAUGUGAUGUUUGCCCUGCUACUGAGGCGGCUGGAUUGGCUGAAACGCUGUUGGCUGUGUUUGAAUCACGUGAUCAUGUGGUGCCGCUUUUGCAAGCUGCUAUUGACAAGGAGAUCUUAUCCACCGAGCAAGAAGCUACAUUAUUCCGUAGUACAACCAUGUCCACUCGCUUGCUAUCGACGUAUGCCAAAUCGGUGUGUGUUGAUUAUGUGCGUAUCACGUUGCAACCUGCCAUGGAGGCCAUCAAUGCGUUGCCAGACGACCAAACGACCUGGGAGCUUGAUCCUCAAAAGCUAGGUCCAAGUGAUGAUCUUAUGCGUAAUAAGCAGAAUGUUAUUCGUGCCACGGAGAUCUUAUUGAAUGCCAUUUGUGCAUCAGCUUCCCAUGCACCACCGUCUUUCCGUGAAGAAUUGUCAUUGAUUGGCAGUGCAGUAUAUAAGCGUUAUUCAGAAGCGAAGAACACGGCCAUUGGUAGCUUUGUGUUUUUGCGACUCUUUGGUCCUGCUAUUGUGACACCCGACAGCGCUGGUCUUUCCAAGCAAGCCACACCACGCAACAAAGACGUGCGAAAGUUGUUAUUACAAGCAACACGUGUGAUGCAGAAUCUUGCCAACAACGUUCUAUUUGGUGUCAAGGAAACCCAUAUGAUCGUGCUCAACGACUUUGUGACUGACAACAUUUACAAGGUCACCAGCUUUUUGCGUGAGAUUUCUACAGCCGUUCAACCUCGUGAUCAAAAGAACGUAGCACUUGCACACAUGGACCAAAAAGGACACAAUCGUUUACACCGCUAUUUGUAUGAGAACAUUGAACGAAUGAGUCGUGAGCUUGCAACACGUAAGGCCAAGAGCAACAACAAUAACAACAAUGGCAACAAGAGCAGCGCAGCAACCACCACCAACCAGCAAUCGCUACUCGAAUGGAAAAAGACACUUGAUAAGUUAUCGACACUUAUUGCACAAAUUGGCCGGCCAAGUGACCUUGCAGACAACGAGCUCUCAUUUUCACGCAACUAUGCCAUCACCAAUAGCAACCACGACUAUAGUGAAUUCAUCCGCCGCAACAGCCAUCGUGAUGUAUCACCCAUCAGCUCCAAGAAUAUCUUUUAUCAUGCUGGCGUAUCCAAGGGUGGACGUCCUGUGUUUUAUUUGAUCACUCGCAAUGUGGAUGCUGAGACCUGUGAUUUCGAGUUGCUGAUUUAUUACAUGCUUCGGGUACUGGAACCACAUCUCAACCGACCUUUCGAGCUUUUAUUCGAUCUUACCCGGUUCAAUGCAUCCCACGCCAUCCCUACUCAUUGGUUGACCCAAUUCUUUCAAUUGAUCUUUACUGAGAUGAAUGAUUACCUUGUGGCCGUCCAUUUGUACAAUUGCAACUCCUUUACGCAGCGAUACAUUGCCAAACUACCACGUGAAAUCGUCAAUCGACUUGUCAAGCGAGCACAAUUUGCAAUUACGUUAGCUGAGCUACAUGAGCGCAUUGCUCCUUCAGAAGUACACUUGCCCAAGGAAACCAUUGAUCUCGAGCGUGCACCCCACACCACCUUUUCACCCGUGACACGCAUGGUGAAUCUUAAAUCAUCCUCUGUACCUGUCAUUGUCAAGGUUGGCCAGGAGCAUUUGCAGCUUAUUACGGUGCGUAAGCAAGAAGUCUACCUGCCAUUGCACACUAUCUUCAACGACGUGUACCAUAUCUCAGAUAUUGAUGACAUGGAGCCUUUGCCAAAUACGAAGCAUGAGCAUGGUGGAGGAGAACUUGUGAUCAAGUAUGACCAUGGCAAGUCAUCCAUGGUGUUGUCGGCUUCCAAACGUGAUGCCAUCUUGGCACUUUUGCGCUACAACAAGAACCGAUAUGAAGCAUCCAAGCCUGGUGGACCCAAUGAACGUGCCAUUCGACCCAAUGAUGUACCAGGCCGACUACUCAACAUGUCACUUUUGAAUAUUGGCAGUGAUGAUCCCGGCUUACGUUUGGCAGCAUACAAUUUGCUCUAUGCAUUGAGCUUAACCUUCCGAUUCGAUGUUGGUAAUCAAUUGCUGAAUACACGAGACUUGUGUAUCCCUGCCAAUAGCACCGAUUUCAUUGUCAGCAUUAGCGAGAGUUUGGCAUCCACGGAGCAAUAUCUUACAUUGGAGUUCUUGAAUGAAUGUUUGGUCGGCUUCAACAAGUCGAGUGAAUUGAUGCGACAGCUAUGUUUGGCUUACAUGGCACCUUGGCUACGCAAUAUGGCAUUGUUCAGUCGCGCAACACCCGAUGACAAUAACAAGAAUUUGGCCAAGACGAAGGAUAUUUUGCGUCUACUCAUUGAAUUGACAGUGACACGAUCGGAUAUGUACAAGCACGUGCAAGCUAAGGUUUGGAAGACCCUUGCCAAGGUGGAUGAUAUGAUCAACUUGAUCAUCGAUGCAUUUGUACAAUACUCUGUUGAGCACGGUGUUGGAUCUCCACAAGCUGAAGUGAUGGCUGAUACGAUUGUAACCAUGUCGAGUAUUUCAGUGCGUGGCAAGGUGAUUAGCCGAUUACGACGUGUGAUUCAGCAUACCUCUUUACGACCUUGUCGCAGCUUGACUGAACAUCCAGCAUGGGCCGAGAUUGCUGUUCUGUUACGUUUUGUGCUGAUGUUAUCCUUCAACAAUAUUGGACCUGGCAAGCCCUAUCUACCAGAAAUCUUCCACAUUGUGACCAUGUUGGUUGGUACAGGCCCUACCUUGAUUCGUGCAUCCAUUCAUGAGCUGGUCGUCAACAUGAUCCAUACCUUGUGCACUGGCAUGCCACAAUCGGAUGAAAACAUCAAGAAGCUUCAUUUUGUUUUGAAUGACUUGUGCGAUAGCAAGAAUCGUGUCUACUUUGGAUUGACCAAGCCGCAUGCAAAUGCAUUCACCAUUACGCAAGAAACGAUGACCGAUGUUGCUGAUACCGUCAACUUGUCUUCCCUUGAAAGCAUCAUUCGUUUAUUACUUGAAGCUGUCAACAUUGGUGCACCUUCAGUGGAUGUUGCAAACAUGUGGCGUGCACGAUGGAUGGGUCUUGUGGCAAGCACAGCUUUCCAAUUCAACCCUGCUAUUCAACCACGUUCGUUUGUAGUCCUUGGUUGUCUUGCCCAAGAUGAAGUGGAUGAUGAUCUUAUUUAUCAAGUCCUGGUUGCUUUGCGUGGUGCCCUUGCCAUCUUUAACGAGAGCGAUUCAAGCUUGAUCGUCAGCAUCAUGAUGUGUCUUAGCAACGUCAUUGAUAAUCUGCCACCCGAUUCACGAUACCUGCAACCCCUGUUUUGGCUCGCCAUUUCACUCGUCCAAAUGGGUCAUCCAGCCAUCUUUGCUCCUGCAGCUGAAUUCCUUCAAUCGGUCCUUCGUGCUCUUGACGCACACAAGGUGUUUGCUUAUCGACCCGUGAUGGAUGUAUUAAUGGAUGCACGUGUACCUCUUGGAGAUAUUGCCAAGGAACUCGAUGCCAUUAGUGGUGUGAGCUUUGAGACGCAUUUUUCAUUUGCUGUCGCAGGUGUUUUACUCAAGGGAAUGCAACAUCACAGCAGCAGCCAUUAUCACAACAACAGCAGCUACAACAAGGAUGUCGUCUUCCAGUGCUUGACCACUUUCCUCGAGAUCGAUUGCAAAAAGUCACUUGAACAAAACAUGGUUGAAGCACGCACACUUGGUUAUCUAGCAGGCUUAUUGCCAUUGGCUGCCAAGAACAAUGCAUUACGAGAAUUAUUACGUUUGGCAUGUAUCAAUGAUGUGGAUCAGCUUGAUGCUGCUGCUGCCGCUACGGCUGCCAAUGUGGAAGCGGGCAAUGCUGUUGCCAUGAUUGCAUCAGGUGCAGCUCUCACGACAACAACAAAUGGCGCCUUUGUUGGAUCAUCACCCUUGCAACAUGUACGACUCUUUGAUGCCCUUGAGAUCCCUGAUAAUACCACGGCAUUACUUUUGGUGUCCUUAUUGGUUGCUUUACUCAACACAGCCGAGAAUGAAUCCGAACGCCUGUUCUUGUACAGCUUCCUUGCUGAAGCAGCUGUCUCCAUCCCUGAAGUCUUCGCGCUUGUGUAUGAAGCGCUUCUUCCCAAGAUGAAUCAAAUUGUUGUCAGCGGUCAAAAUUAUGCUGUCAUUGAUGCCGUCAAGAGCAUUCUCAUCACCGCAUGCUCUGAACCUGCAUUCAAUCACUCCUUGAGCCGACGCAGUCAAAGGGCCUAUCUUGACGAACUUGGAUUCCCUGCACUUGGUGAUCCUACGCUUGGUGCUGGCAAGGUGAACAUUGCAAGGAAUGCACAAUUGGCUAGCAAAUUGCUUGAACGCAUCACAGAGUAA